CUCCAAGAAGGAAGAACAAGCUCUUGUACAAUAGCAACACCAUAAUAUGCUUUAUCACAUUACAAACAUUCUGGGCAGUAGCUGCUUCUUUUUCUUGCUUUUGCUUUCUUCCUUCUCAACAACUUAUGCUCUUACUGAUGCCGAAGCGUCCUUCAUCGCUCGUCGUCAAUUAUUAACACUCCCUAAAGAUGGGAAGCUACCAAUUCCUGAAUUUGAGAAAGCGCUUGAAGAAAAGUUUGAAAAUGAGAGGCUGAAGAGGGCAUAUGUGGCGCUUCAAGCCCUCAAGAAGGCCAUCUACUCUGACCCUUUUAACAUGACUGGUAAUUGGGUUGGGGCAGAUGUAUGCUCCUACAAUGGUGUGUUUUGUACACCUGCAAAAGAUGAUCCCAACGUCAGAGUUGUUUCUGGUAUCGAUCUUAAUCAUGGUGACAUUGCCGGGUAUUUACCAGCAGAGCUUGGCCUUUUGACGGAUCUGGAAUUAUUCCAUAUUAACUCUAACAGGUUUUGUGGAAUCGUUCCGAUGAGCAUGUCGACCCUCAUCAAUCUUAUUGAGUUUGAUAUCAGCAAUAAUCGUUUCGUUGGUCCUUUCCCAAGUGUUUGUCUGUACUGGAAAAAGAACCUGUAUCUUGAUAUCAGAUAUAAUAAUUUCGAAGGUGAAUUGCCUCCGGAGGUGUUUGAGCUGCCACUGGAUGUAUUCUUGGUCAACAACAACAGGUUCUCGAAUUGCAUUCCAGAAACAAUGGGAAAAUCGAAUGCAUCUGUUGUGGUCUUUGCUCAUAACAAGUUUACUGGUAGCAUUCCUAAAACUCUUACCCAGAUGAAAAACUUGACUGAAAUUCUCUUCAUUGACAAUCAACUUGGAGGUUGUAUUCCACAAGAAAUGGGACAGCUUUCUAGUAUGACUGUAUUUGAUUGUAGCUCCAACAAUGUCACAGGAAGUUUGCCUAAUAGUUUUUCAGAGCUGAAAAAUCUUGAGAUAUUGGAGCUUUCACAUAAUCAACUAACAGGAAGUGUGUCAGAGGAAAUCUGCAAGCUACCGAAACUGUCGAAUUUCACAUUCACUGAUAAUUUUUUCCAGGAAGUGGGUAAAGAAUGCAGUUCCAGGCAGAACUUUGUGAUGAAUGAUACAUUCAACUGUUUGGCUGGCAGGCCUGGUCAGAAAAUGGAAAAUAUGUGCUCUGCGAGCCAAACUGUGGACUGCGACGCAAUCUAUCAGAGUUGUGGCGGGUCUGAACCAGCUCCAUUACCUACACCUGUUCCAAAGCUGGUCACAGCAACUCCACCACCCCCUACAACAACACAGCCACCGGUUCCAGUGAUGCAAUCUCCACCAGUGCCUACUACUCCAUCAGCUCCUACAAAAACACAGCCACCACCAACUCCGGUGAUGCAAUCUCCACCAGUGCCUACUACUCCAUCAGCUCCUACAACAACACAGCCACCACCAACUCCGGUGAUGCAAUCUCCACCAGUGCCUACUACUCCAUCAGCUCCUACAACAACACAGCCACCACCAACUCCGGUGAUGCAAUCUCCACCAGUGCCUACUACUCCAUCAGCUCCUACAACAACACAGCCACCACCAACUCCUGUAUUGCAAUCUCAGCCACCGCCAACUACUACCCCAUCAGCUCCUACAGCAACACCACCAUCAGCUCCAGUCUUGCAAUCCCCACCAGAGGCUACUACUCCACCUUCCAAAGCAACACCAACGCCAGCACCCGUUUCGCAAUCUCCAAUACCUCCAACUACUACUCCAACUCCUGCAACACCAUCGCCAUCAGCUCCAGUAUCGCAAUCUUCACCACCGCCUACUACUCCACCUCCUAAAGUAACACUGCCACCGGCUCCAGUAUUGCAAACCCCGUCAGCACUUACUUCUCCGCCUCCUAAAACAACACCACAACCAGCUCCGGUCUUGCAAUCUCCGCCACUGCCUACUACUCCAGCAAAACCAGUAGCACCGGUGCCAUCACCUGAUCUAUCUGACCAAGCUCCGUUGAAGCCUGCAAAGCCUACACAGCCAACCCCUGCUCCUCAAGCACAACCACCACCAACAAAUCAGUGGUGGCCUUGGGCACAAACACCACCUGCACAGGAACAACCUAAACCAUCAUCUCAAAUUUCUCAACCACCAGAACAGCCCACUUCGGUGUCACCGCCACCAAAGCAAGUAGUUGAGCCACAAAAACAGUCCACUACGGUGCCAACAAUGCCAGAGCCUGAGGUUGAGCCACCAAAACAGUCCACUUCAGUGCCACCACCGCCAAAGCCUGUAACAGAGCCACCAAAGCCUAUUGUUGAGUCACCAAAGCAGUCUACUCCAGUGCCACCAUCGCCAAAGCCUGUUGAUGAGCCACCAAAACAGUCCACUCCGGUGUCCCCCUCAUCAGAGCCUGUGGUGGAGUCACCAAAACAGUCCACUCAUACUCCAGUGCCACCAUCGCCAAAGCCUGUUGAUGAGCCACCAAAACAGUCCACUCCGGUGUCAUCCCCAUCAGAGCCUGUGGUGGAGUCACCAAAACAGUCCACUCCGGUGUCAUCCCCAUCAGAGCCUGUGGUGGAGUCACCAAAACAGUCCACUUCGGUGCCACCACCGCUGAAACCAGUGUCACCUGUAGUUGAGCCAACAAAGCAGCCCACUUCAGUGUCACCGGUAGGUGAACCAGUGAAACAGUCCACUUCAGUGUCACCUCCACUGAAACCAGAGUUGCCUGUAGCUGAGCCACCAAAACAGUCACCACCAAAGCCAUGGUGGCCGUGGACACCAACACCUCCAACAUCAGAACCACCAACAUCCAUACCCACACCUACACAAUCAAUGUCACCAGCUCCAAUGCAACAACCAUCAACACCUACAACUACACCAACAAUAUCUACACCAAUACCACCAUCAAAAGUGCCAACUCUAGAGCCCCCGCCAGCUCCAGAGCCCCAACCAUCUAAACAACCAACUCCAACAUCAACAUCAACACCAACACCAACACCAUCAAAGUCACCAGCUCCAGUACCACAACAACCAUCACAACCGUCUACACCUACACCUAUACCAACACUAUCACAACCGCUAACUCCAAUGUCCCAACCAUCUAAACCAUCAACUCCUACACCAGCAACAUCAAUGCCAUCAACUCCAGUGUCACAACCAUCAAAACCGACUACAAUUACACCAACACCAGCAAAAUCACCAGCUUUAGUGCCCCAACCAUCUGAAUCAUCAACCCCUAUACCAACAUCAACACCAACACUAUCAAAACCGCCAACACCUACACCAACAACUACGUCAACACCGGCUCCAAUGUCACACCCAUCAAUGUCAUUAACACCUACUCUGGCACCAACACCAGAACCUGAUUCUUUUGCAGUAAAACCAAAGAAAAAACAGUUGCCAUCACCAACACCAAUACAAUCACAACCACCAAUUUCAACGCCACAACCACCAACUUCAACACCACAACCACCUGAGCAAUGGUGGCCAUGGACUCCAACAACACCAAACCAGGCACCAACACCUCCAACACCUUUAGAAGCACCCACAUCAACACCAUUAGAAAUGCCAAUACUGGCACCAACACCUGCAGCAGUAAAUCCUAAAUCAAAACAUUUGGCAUCAACACCUACACCAACACCAAAACUAGCUCCGACAUCAGAACCAGUAAAACCGUCAGCUCCAUCAACACCUUUAACACCAACAAAACCAACCCAACCUUUACAACCACCAACAGUUGCGGCCCUACCCCCACAUGUCCAAUCCUCACCAUCUCCUCCUGUAGGCACCACACCAUCGUCUCAAAAUCAAACUACACUUCCCCCACAACCACAAGCAGACUCACCGUCACCAAUGGUCAAAUCAACACCUCCAACCCCAACUCCAUCAAUGAGCUCUCCUUCACCAACAAGCUCUCCUCCUUUGCAAGCCCAUACUCCACCCUCACAAGUCCACUCACCACCACCACAGGCCCACACUCCACCACCACAAGUCCACUCACCACCCUCUAUGUCAACGGGCUCUCCUCCACCAAAAGCACAUGCCCCACCCCCACAAGUCCACUCACCACCACCGGGCUCUCCUCCACCACAAGCGCAUACUCCACCCCCACAAGUCCACUCACCAUCACCUACCCCAACAGGCUCUCCUCCACCACAAAUACAUACUUCACCCCCACAAGUCCAUUCACCACCACCUACGCCAACUGGCUCUCCUCCAUCACAAGCACAUACUCCACCCCCACAAGUCCACUCACCACCACUUAUGCCAACGGGCUCUCCUCCACCACAAGAACAUACUCCACUUCCACAAGUCCACUCACCACCACCUACGCCAACAGGCUCUUCGCCACCACAAGCACAUACUCCACCCCCACAAAUCCACUCACCCACAUCUACGCCAACAGGCUCUCCUCCACCACAAGCACAGACUUCAACUCCACCAACGAGCUCUCCUCCACCAACGGGCUCUCCUCCAUCAAAGGGCUCUCCUUCACCACAAGCACAGAGUCCGCCAACAACCUCUACUCCACCAAAAACAGAGGCUCCCCCAUCAAAAGACGAAGACGACUUCCAACUCCCGAAAAACGUUGGAGCCCAGUAUCAUUCACCACCUCCGCCAGUUUUCCAGGGCUAUUAAGACUGUACUUUUCUGAAAGGCUUGCACUUGAAACACAACAUCACUAUAUGCUCUAUUAGCUGAUUAACUUCUCACUUCAAGGAUUUGUUCUUUUCCCUUGUAUUCAUUGACGAGCGGAAAUUUUUGAGAAGCUUUUGUAAUAAAUAUGAUUUU